AUGGCGGGCAUUCUUCCCAGCACUGAACAACAGCAUGUGGUGUGUUUCCCUUCAGACCGCGGCUACUGUGACUGUGGGACGUGUGAGUGUGACGACGGCUGGUUCGGAGAUGCGUGCCAGUUCCAGGAGGAGUGCAACCUGCCAAGCAAGAAGAGCAGAGAGCUCUGCAAAAACCAGCAGGGGGUGGUCUGCUCCAACAGAGGAACCUGUCAGUGUGGUGGCUGCCUGUGCGACAAUAAAGACAACAGGGGCCUGGUGACGGGACGCUUCUGCGAGUGUGAUGACAGCGAGUGUCUGGAUGAGGACACAGGAGAGGUUUGUGGAGGCCAUGGCCAGUGUUACUGUGGAAACUGUUACUGUGCUGCUGGUUGGCAUGGAGACAAAUGUGAGUUCCAGUGUGACAUCAGCCCAUGGGAAAGCAAGCGGAGAUGCACAUCUCCAGACGGCAAAAUCUGCAGCAACAGAGGAACCUGUGUUUGCGGGGAGUGUACCUGUUAUGAUGUAGAUCCUUCUGGUGAUUGGGGAGACAUUCACGGAGACACCUGCGAGUGUGAUGAGAGGAACUGUCACGCGACGUACGACCGCUACACAGAUGACUUCUGCUCAGGCCACGGCCAGUGCAACUGUGGCAGGUGUGACUGUAAGGACGGAUGGGCCGGGAAGAAGUGUGAGCACCCCCUUUCUUGCUCCCUGUCUUUGGAGAGCAGUCUGAGGAAGUGCAAAGGAACGUCCGGUUUGCCCUGCUUCGGACGAGGUCAGUGCCAGUGCGGACAGUGUACUUGCCACCCACCUGGGGACGGCCGUGUUCAUGGCAAAAACUGUGAGUGCGAUGACCGCCAAUGCGAGGACAUUAGUGGGGAGGUCUGUGGAGGUCACGGUUACUGUUCGUGUGGACGGUGCAUCUGUGAGGAGGGCUGGUUUGGGAAGCUGUGCCAGUUCCCCAGGUCCUGCGACAUGAGUGACGCCCAAAGCAAGGAGAUGUGCGAGACCGCCGAUGGAGUCAUGUGCAGCGGAAAAGGUUCCUGCCACUGUGGCCAAUGCAUUUGCUCUCCCCAAGAAUGGUGGGUGUCUGGAGAGCACUGCGAGUGUGACGACAGAGAGUGCGAUAAACACGACGGCCUCAUCUGCACAGGGAAUGGGUUGUGCAAUUGUGGCAACUGUGAGUGCUGGGAUGGCUGGACCGGGAACGCUUGCGAAAUCUGGGUGGGAGAAGAGUACUGA